GUACCGACAGCUUGGCGACGAGUUGACCAUGCCCAUCGACGAGGGAUAGUGACGUUCAAAGCACGUGCUUCGGAUAUGUUUUGACGCGCGGGAAUCGAAAACAUGACGGACUCGCUUCACUGCUAACUGACCCCCAGCUCCCCACUAACAUAUACGCGUUCAUUAAUUAGUAUUUGCGAUAAGUAGAUUAGAAAUUUUUGUGACGAAUUUUUUGUAGUAUUUUUAAUUCGAUAACAUGCCGUGGAUAAAGUCUUGUUUGUGCCAUCAGGAAAAGAAAAAAUCGCCUACGAUUAGCCCUCCUAUACAUUUGCUACUAAAGAACGAUGAAACCUUUGGCGGCUGGUCUCAAGGCCCCAAUCAUGCGUUUCGCUGCAAAACGUUCAAGAAGCCCCGACCCUGCCACCUUUGCCAUCAGCCCAUUCUCAACGAGGGGUCAUGUUGCAGAGGACGUGAGAAGAUUGUGGAUGCGCCUCGAUCCCACGCAAUUUACUAAAAAAUUUCUAUUAAAGAGAGGUCUUGCUGAAAAUACGUAA